AUGGACAUUGACGAUAUCCUACGCGAGGUCGACCCGGUCUCGUACUCGAUUCCUUCAGAGACACGCGACUUACAGGCUCUGACGCGUGCUUGGGUAGCAGAGCGGUCCGCCCCAGAACUUCUAGAGUGGCCUGCCGAUGGUCUCUUUGAGCGCGUCAACGACCGCAUCAAACGCCAAAUCGAAAAGGUCGAGGACAUGACGGGUGACAUGGACCCCAAGACCAACUUCGCCCUCAUUGUCAUACAGACUGAGCUAGAGCGCUUCAAGUUCCUCGUCAGAAGCUUCCUUCGCGCUCGAAUUGCAAAGAUCGAUAAACAUGCGCUCCACUACCUCUCGUCACCGGCUCUUCGCGCCCGUCUUUCCGAAACAGAACUCGCCUACGCAACCCGCCAUCAAGCACUACUACAUAACCACUACCUUUCCUCCUUCCUCUCCUCCUUCCCACCAAACCUACAGAAUCUCAACGAUACAGCCGGCAACAUCAGCAUGAUCGACGGGCCAGAUCUCGAUACUGCAGUCUUCAUCCGUAUGUUGCGAGACACAGUAGUGGAAGGGAAAGGAACGGACUCGGACGGCUCUGUGCUAGCGAAGACAGGGGACAUCUUGAUCUUGAGAUGGUCUAGCGCAAAGCCUGUCGUUGAUGACGAGAACGCUGAGCUAGUCUGA